GCGACAAGUAUGCAAUCCUUCGGCGGCGACGACGAUGUCGACCAUGACGACCUCGCCGCUGGCCCGGCACCGAUGUAUUUGGAAUUGGGAACUACACCACUUGACAUGAUGCAGAUUCCUAUGCCGCUGGAUAUUCCAUCCCCUCGCGGUGCAUCUGCUGCUGUCCCCACAUCCGCCUCAUUGGCUGGAGGCGAGCUUGAGUUUGCGCACGUGAUGCACACCGACGACCUCAUCGACUACUCGUCAAGUAGCCACAUUCGACAGCGCGGUGUUCGCCGAAUGAACAAAGUCACUCCUGUCGCUCGCUACUUUCCACUGGUCCCCCCGCCAUCGUACACGCCUCCUGGCAACAACAUCAAGUCCAUCCAGCAGCAACUGGCGCUUCGGCUGGCGUUCCUUCGCGAUCCACACCCCGACCGCGAGGCGCUCAUUGACAUGGGCAUUCGCUUUGGCCUUCCAUCGCACGAAAUCACCACAUGGUUCAAGUCGGAACGACACCGCUUCAAGAAGAAGGGCGGCAUCGUCCUCGCCGGCAACGCUAGUGCCAGCGCGUGGCACCUCGCCAUGCAGGACCUUCCCCUCGCUCCAACCUCCCACGGACCUCAAUCUACGACCAAAACGGUGGACAUGGAGAAGCGCGCCAUCCGCGCCGCCGACACAAGGCGAGCACUCACUCCAUACCAACUCAAGCGCAGUCGCGCGUGGGCUGAAGAGUAUGCGCUGCUCCCCGAUGCCAACGAGCGGGCGUACCGCGUGGCGCAACUGGUGGACCGGCAAGAUGCGCGACUCAAACGAGAGUUCCGGGCGGCUGUCGUAAAUGAGCCGUCGUUGGGCUUGCGAUGCGACCAAGAGUUUAAAGCGCGCAAGUCAUGCGCAGAUCCGAGCUGUGGCCGCGACGUGGUGGCCGAGCGCGCCGACAGCUGCUGGGAUUUCAUGCGGGCGCGGUUUGGAGCUACCAUGUUUUCUACGACGGAAAAAUACGUCGACAACGAAGGCAACAUUCUGCUUGACGCGGGUCUGCUGAGCGGCCUCGAGAUGAUGUUUAUGCGACACCGUGACUACUUUAUGGCGCUUGCCCAUCGCUUGAACAUCCAAGAAGGGUUCGCGGAAGUCAGCCAGAAGCGGCAAAGACUACAUACCAGCACCCCUCCCCCUCCUUCUAUUUCACGCGUGCCCCCCCCAACGACGCCCGACGACGCAACUGUCGUCCAUCUAUGAGCACAUCCUGUUGAAACGAAUACCAUGAUAGCGUUAGCAUAUUGUUUGGUUGGAGGGUGUUUGUUCUACGAGCACAAUUCCACGUUAAAUAUACCUAUAUAUAUAUAUAUAUAUGCCGUC